AUGCGAGAGUGGAUUGGUGGAGAGCCCCGCCAACAGACGGCCCAGAAGUUUGUUCCUGCGUCGCAUCCCCAUCAGGCAUCGCACCACCACUUCCAUGCAUCUUCUCAGGAACAGGCUACAGCAUCACAGGACCAUGAUCUCGACAUGGUAGCGGAUCCAUCGUUCGGCGCAUGGGGCGCGCUGCGCUAG